AUGCUUCGUCACGUGGUCCGGAGGUGGAGCACUGCUACUCACACCUUUGUGUGCUCAUGGGGGGAAUUUACCCCUACCCUUGAAGAUGUGGCGAAUAUCUCUCGCCUUCCUGUCUGUGGCGACCGUAGUCCUUUCGGCAUUGCCCUCACUCCAGAAGAAAUAGAUAACCUUGCAGUCUUGCGAAGAGGCGCUCCCACCUCUCCCAGCACUUCACUCCGGUUUAGUAACUGGAUACAAUAUUUUGGGGAUGCAAACAGACAGGGUCCCUGCCGGUUGGCUGCCUUUAUAGCUCUGUGGCUUGGGCGGUUCGUGCUCUGUGACUUUUCUCAGGACUACCUUCAUGGGCGUGUAUUUCCCUUGGCUUUGGCCAUAGCCCGAGGCGAUACGAUCCCCUUAGCCCCCAUGUUCCUGGGACAUCUAUACCAUCUUCUUAAUCGAACCCAACUUCUGGAAAAAAGUGCAUCAGGAACCAUGGGUGUGGAGACCCUCCUAAAUUCUGGUUUCUUGCAGGUGUUCUUGUGGGAGCGUCUCAAAGGGUUGGAUGUGCAUUCACUCCCUCAUUCGACUGGGGCAAUGGUUCCUUCGUGCCAAACAACCUCCCAUUAG